CUGUGCUCCAAUUCCAAUAUAUUUCUUUCGCCUUUGGCGCCUUCAACGCUGCAAAUUCCGCCCAAAAUUUCACUUCGAUCCGCCUCUCUCAAUAUUUUGCAUUACUUGUUUGUUUAUUAUCGCUAAUUUUUUGCAUCUCUUCGUUGUGAAUAUUUUUAUUAUUUAUUUUUUAUUUGUCAUGAGAAGGAGCCUAGGGAAGAAAGGAAAAGCUACCGCUUUAAUACAGAUACAUGGAUAGAUAGAUACACCCCUGUGUUCACAUUAAUUCAGGGCUUCCUUGCAAUUGGGUUUUUGGGGAUCAAAUCUGAAACAGAUACGAUUGUGUCUCGUGAUUCAGCAAUUUCCUUAUCUUGCUCCUUAGGUCUCCCAGCCUCGAUUUCUCUCUCAAUCUCAUUCUUUCAAUUGGAAGCUUCUUGAUUUUUCUUGCGAAUUUCGUUUUGGAAAGUCCAAUUAAAGGGUAGAUUUUAUUUUCCUGGGGCCUCUAGGGUUCAUCUGCUCGAGUUUGCGUUUCGAAAUCGGAAAAAUUAGGGUUACGUUGGGAUUUUGGAGGAAAGGUUUGCUCUUUUAUUCCCCCGAGCAUUCAUCCGGAUUUAUUUGAACGGGCGUUUGGAUUUUAAGCUUCGACGCGGGGAAGAGUUUAGAUCUUUCUGGCUGUUGAGUUUUCCGACCGGAAUUUUCUGAUUUGGCAACGAGGGUACAAUUAUGAAAUAGCCGAGAAAAAAUCGCAAUGCCGAGGAUUAAGCGUUGCUCGACGGCGAGGGAUGAAUUGGCCGGUGGAAGCGACGGCGAGGAAUCAUGCUUGGUCGCAGUGAAUGGCAAGAAGACGAAGAAGAGAAGCAGCGAAUGCUUUACAGUUUCUGCAGUCCAGUUGGAAAAUCGCAAUUUUGAAUGCACAACUGGUUCUCAGACUAGAAACCCUCCGCAAAAAGGCAAAGCGAAAUCCAAUCUUCAGAAGAUGGCUAAGAGCCAAUCUCCACUGUUGAAAUCUACCCGAGGAGGCCGUCGGCAGGUACUCCCGAAGAAAUUCAAGGACUCCGUUUUGCAUCCAUGGAAGAAAGAAGAUUCAGCAGGCUGUGAUAACUCGACGAGCUGUUUACCUGGAGAGGAAGAAAAAGCUGAGGAUGUGGAGAAUCUUAACAAUAAGAAGCGAAAAGAGUCCUCCCCGGACAUGGGUACGAGUACGACCAAGAAACAGCAAAUUGAAAAGCUAUCUAAGGACGCGAUUUUGGAGCCUCAUUCCAGUUCGCGUAGUUCUGUGACGUCAGUUGAUGAAGGGGUUUCUUGGGUAGUGGAGAGUGGCGAAAAACGGCAGACUGCGGCGCCUACGGCGGCGGCGGUUGAGAAAAAGGCUGGUUAUUUUCAACCUGGGGAUUUUUUAAAUGGAGAUAUUGUAUGGGCAAAAUGUGGGAAGAGUUACCCCGCUUGGCCUGCCAUUGUUAUCGAUCCUCUCAGCCAGGCUCCAGAAUCAGUACUCAGAGCUUGUGUUCCGGACACACUGUGUGUGAUGUUCUAUGGAUAUUCUAGAAGUGGAAGAAGGGAUUACGGGUGGGUAAAAGCGGGGAUGAUCUUCCCGUUUCAUGAAUACCAAGACAGAUUUCAGGGGCAGACUAAGUUGCGUGGUAGUAAGAUGAGUGAUUUUCACGCGGCUAUCGAGGAGGCUAUUUUAGUAGAAAACGGCUAUUAUGACAGUUUGGACAUGAAGGGUGCUGGUGGUGGUGGUGGAGGAGAAAAUCAGGACACGUUUCCUGAGAAAAAAACUUGCAGGGAUGCACAAGGGACAACAACUGAAACUGGUUCAAAGCAGGAUCACCACUCACCUACUACUAUUCACCAGGAAUUAGGUGAUGAAAGAGAAGAUAACCGGACUUGUGAUAGUUGUGGCUUGAUAUUUCCAAGUAAAAUGGGCAAGAAGAUGUUGAACAAAAGGAUUAAAACCCGUUUUUUGUGUCAACAUUGUAUUAAGUUAAGCAAGUCAAAGCAGUUUUGUGGUGUUUGCAAAAAAAUAUGGCAUCAUUCUGACGGUGGUGACUGGGUGUGUUGUGAUAGUUGUAAUGUUUGGGUCCAUGCCAAAUGUGCUAAAAUUUCUACCGGUCAUUUGAAGGAUUUGAAAACUAUAGAUUACUUCUGCCCGGAAUGCAAAGUAAAGUCGGUAUCGGGAUCAUUUGUUUCUGAUAAACAAAAACCUGAUGAGAAGUCUGAGAACAAAACAGCACCUGACAAGCUGGCUGUUGUCUGCAAUGGCAUGGAAGGGAUUUAUUACCCAAGUCUACAUUUGGUUCAGUGCAUUUGUAGCUCUUGCGGUACAAGAAAAUACGGGCUCAGUGAGUGGGAGCGGCAUACGGGUUGUAGAGCAAAGAAAUGGAAAUAUAGUGUGAAAGUGAAGGAAUCUAAUCUAACUCUUGAGAAAUGGAUGGCGGAGUUCAACAUAAAUGCCUACAAUCCUGUACAAUUAGACAAAAGGCAGUUGCUAUCGUUUCUGAAAGAAAGCUAUGAACCUGUACAAGUGAAGUGGACGACAGAACGAUGUGCCAUUUGUAGAUGGGAUGAAGAUUGGGAAUACAAUAAGAUAAUUAUAUGCAACAGAUGUCAAAUUGCAGUUCAUCAAGAAUGCUAUGGAGUAAGGAACACUCAGGAUUUUGCUUCAUGGGUUUGUCGAGCAUGUGAGACUCCAGAAGUUGAGAAGGAGUGUUGCCUCUGUCCUGUAAAAGGGGGUGCUUUAAAGCCAACUGAUAUCGAAGCUCUAUGGGUUCACGUUACAUGUGCGUGGUUUCGCGCUGAAAUUGCAUUCUCAAAUGCAGAGAAUAUGGAGCCUGCAGUUGGACUUUUAAGAGUUCCUCCAAGUUCAUUCACUAAGGCAUGUGUUAUUUGCAAGCAGAUUCAUGGUGCUUGCACACAAUGUUGCAAGUGUGCCACCUAUUUUCAUGCUACAUGUGCGUCUCGGGCUGGAUACUGCAUGGAAUUGCAUUCCUCUGAGAGAAAUGGGAUGCAGAACACAAAAUGGAUAUCAUAUUGUACAGUUCACAGAACACCUAAUACCGAGGCUGGACUAGUGGUACUAACCCCACAGGGGGUUUACACCAACCGAAGUAUGCUUCAAAAUCAGGGUCAAGAACAGAGCUUAGGAGGUUCAAGGCUUGCAGUAUCGAGGAUUGCUGGAGACUCUAAUUCAUCUACUGCAGAUGCAAUUGAAUUAGAGGCAAUGUCUGCUGCGAGGUGUCGCACCUACAAUCGGUCAAACUUGAAGAGGACUGGACAAGAACCUACAUUCCACCGCUUGAUGGGACCCCUUUGGCACUGUCUGGUUGAUAUCGAUCGAUUAAGCACACAUAACGAAAACACUGAGGGUGCAAAAGAUUUCUUAUCCUUAAGAGAACGGCUCGAACUUUUGCAGAGGACAGAAAAUUAUCGUGUUUGUUUUGGAAAAUCAAGAAUACAUGGAUGGGGCCUCUUUGCUAGGAGAAGUCUUCAAGAAGGAGAUAUGAUUGCUGAAUAUCGUGGUGAGCAGGUGAGGCGUAGUAUAGCAGACCUAAGGGAGGCACGAUAUAGAUCAGAGGGCAAAGAUUGCUACCUUUUUAAGAUUAGCGACGAAGUAGUAAUUGAUGCCACCAUCAAGGGGAACAUUACUCGUUUGAUCAAUCAUUCGUGCAUGCCCAACUGUUUUGCGAGGAUCCUGAGUGUAGGAAAAGAAGAGAGCCGGAUUGUUCUUAUAGCCAAAACCAAUGUCUCGGCUGGUGAUGAACUAACGUACGAUUACUUGUUUGAUCCAGACGAACGGGAUGAUGUCAAAGUGCCUUGCUCUUGCGGUGCUCCAAACUGCCGGAAAUUCUUGUAUUGAAGAGAAAAGACUCUGUAAACUGUUUAUACAUACAACAGCUACCGAUAAAAACUAGCUGACACCCCCUCCCCCCCCUCCCCCCUCC